UUCCGCCAUUCGGAAGCAACACUCGUGCCUUGAUCCUUGAUCCGCGCGCCCCGCGACGAUCACGAUCGCCAUCAAAGCUCAAAGCAAGGGACACAACCUCGUCGAAGGCCUCCCAGUCCAGCCUUUUGACUCGAUACCACGCCGGUCUCCACCGCGAGUUGGAGACAUCAAUCUAGCUGCUCCCAGUUGCACACCUAAAAGAAGAGACGCAAAAUGACGAGCACACUGAGGCACGCGGCAGUCUCGUACGAGCAGUUACUUCCCAGGGCUGAGGUGUGCGUCGAGUGUGAUACCAGUCAGAAGCUCGUCUGCCCCUCGUGCCUACCCACCGAACAAUGUCAAUUCUUCUUCCCGACCAACUGUAGCGAAUGCCAGAGGGCAUAUUGCGCCCCCGCGGAUCCUACACCGAGCUCCAACGCAAACUCGAACAGGUCCUCGCCCAGCGUUGGCGCCAUCGCAGGAGGCGUGAUCGGUGGCGUCGCUGCAAUCGCCAUAAUUACCUACCUUGUCUGGAGAUUCUGUAUCAAGACCAGGAGGCAACCACUGGAGCAGGAGGUGCCAGAUGAAGAGCAGGAUCAGUCUGUGGUAGAUGCCGAGAAGGCCUUUGCUCAGAGAAGGGACCAGCGGUCAUCAACGCACACAGUCCAUUCGAUAGCUUCGACCGUUUUGACGAGGGCCUCGAACAUUAUCCAGAUCGCCUACAUCCCGGGUGUCACGAACCGAGCAACUCCCACCUCGCCCACUGUGCUCGUCCCUCCAGUACCUCCGAUUCCCAUUGCUGUGUCGCAGGCCAACAGCCCUGCUGGCCCCAAUGAACAACACUUCUUUGUGCCGGGCGACCUUCGCGACUCCACCUACUCGGCCCUCUCAGGAUAUAGCGACAGGACCUCGUACGCUCGUACGUCCUACGCCCCCCGGUCGAGCGUUGCGUCGACCAUCUAUGGCAAGAAUGCGGUCAUUGUGGCAGCACAGCAGACCGGCCUGCGUGCGAAGCCCGAGGUGGUUAGCGUGAGGACGAUAAACUCGAAGUGCUCUGGAGGUAGCACCCCACCGGUGCCGAGCGUGGACUACGAAAAAUACAGCGGUCUACGCCCCCCAAGUCCCACCGGCAGCACCUUCAGCGUCGGCUCGACUUUCCUGAACAACGCCAGUGCCCACACGGCUAUGCCCGUACGCGCCCAAGUUGUCCGGGUCGGGAGUGGGCAUUCAAAGCAAAUAAAUGUGAACAAGCUAAGGACGCCCGAGGAAGCGUCGACUCCACUACGAGAAACCAGCACUAUCCGUGAAUCCACCGCCGAGACCAUCAUCGAUGACUCGCCCUCGCCCGAUCAAGGGCCUUUCUCUGAUCCUCCAGAGGGCCGAGGCCACCACCGGAGCACGACAAGCUUGAGUGCAGUUAUCGAAGAUGCAACCCGACGAGCAUCCCAAAGAACCUCGACUAUUCCGUCAAAGAGCCGGGAGAGGAGUCCGUUUGGAGAUGAACACGCGACCCAGGACUGAUCUAAGCAUGUCUGGGAAUGCAAGGUUCCCCAUCAUUUAUCCAUCUCUACGAUGUCGGGCACCCGCUCUCACAUUUAUCUUCUUGUUAUUUAAGAUUCUCCUAGACGAUCGGUCCACUGUAUGGGCCCCAUUGAGCUGGGCUCGGCCGAGUCGUCCUGUUAUUGUAGCACGACUUUUUGAAACCGACGACAGCAGUUUGGGGUGGCGUUCUCUGGCUAUGGUUAUAUGGCUCUGAUAGAGACCACGGAAUGAGAUAUGCGAGGGAUGCUCACCACGGCAACCUCAAGGACGCAAAAAAUCCUUUUUAGGGAAUAGACCUGACUGCUCCUCAUCUUGUGGCCAAGACCUUUU